CAAGUUUCCCUUAUUCUUUCUCUUCUUCCUACGCUUUGUCCGCUCACCUCUUCGCCGUAGAAGGGGGAGAAAAAGAGGUUUUGUUCGCUCACCUCGGCCGCAGAAGGGGGAGAAAUUGAGGAUUUGGGCUCUUCUUCUCCGCUCUAUCCGGAACCCUAGGUUUCUACCUCUCUACCUCCUUCCUCCUCUCCCUUUACCAAUUCGUCUUCCCUGUGAUUUCGUUGCUUGAAUUUGUGGCCGACUUAUUCUUCUUAUUCUAUUGAUCGGCGAGAAAAAGCCAAAAAAAAAUCAUCUUUGAAUAUCUUUGUGUUAAAAUUUGAUGUGUUGAAGAAUUGAUUUGAUGAAAAGGUCAAGUCUUGAGGAUUUGUUGGGGUUGUUGGGAGUUAGAUCAGAUUAGUCUUGUUUCUUGUCGUUUGCUCGAUAGGUUUGAUCCUGUAUUCAUAUCUCUUUCUAUUUGGAAUCUGGUUCAAGAGGCUCAAUGAAAUUUUUGGGGCUGGUUUUUUGUUUGCUAUCCAAAAUCGAGGGUUUUCUUGGGGGUCCUGAACAUUAGGUUAGGUUAGAUCAAAAUUCUUUUGAUUCAGAAGGUGGAUUGAACGAUAGGAAAUUGAGGUGCUUUAGGGUCCUCGUUAGAGUGGGGAUGGCACUGAAUUUCUCAGCUUGUUCUAUCUUUUCUACCGCAUUCGUUACCGAUGAUGAGUUCUGCCGACCGAGAUGUGAGAGGAGCCAACCCUUUAGUUACCCUUUUUCGUCUGGCUGGGAAAAUGGAAAUGGUUAUGGCUGGGAUAGCGGGUCAACAGACGUGGAUGGUGCUUGUGAUCCAGUCGAUCUGCUACCUGAUGACCCAUUUGGGAUGGGGAUCGAUGGUGCAUUAGCCAGUUUUCUCAAGGUCGGUGGUGGAGACUUGUAUGGGUGGGCUUUGUUGUGCUCGCCGGAAACUGAGAUUUACCAUGAUGGUUGGAUGGACGAACUUGAUGGUUGGGCGGAGGAGAGCUUCAUGGUGACUUCUGUUCGUGAAGCCCAAGAUGGAAACUUGGAAUCUGCCUUGGAUAUGCAAAAAUCUUUAAACUCUGAUCGUGCAGCGGAAGCCCACUCUAGUGUGGAUGAGGGUCUUCCGCAUGAGGGACUGCUCUACUCGCUUGGGUAUUUGGGCAUUCAUGAUCUUCUCUCAGUGGAAGGGGUCUGCAGGUCCUUGCGUUUGGCUGUUCAGAAUGAUGCUCUCUUGUGGAGAUGUAUACAUAUUGAUUCUCUUUUGGGUGAGAAGAUAACAGAUGAUGUUCUGUUGCGGUUAACACAGAGAGCUCAAGGGAAUCUGCAGUGCUUGAGCCUGUCAGGUUGUUCAAGGAUUACAGAUGAUGGCGUGAAGUGUGUACUUGACAAUAAUCCAAAGCUGAAGAAGCUAAGUGUUGCUGGAUGUGUGAGACUAAGUCUUGAUGGGAUCAUAAAUAACCUAAAGGCUUUCCGAUCACAAGGUACACCAGGAAUAGAGCACCUCAAGCUUGGGAGGCUUUUCAGCAUAUCAGGAGAACAAUUUGGAGCGUUGAAGUUGUUGCUAGGCAUAGACCAACAUCAACAGGCCCAAGCUCAGAAGCCAAGGUUCUACCACACAAGUGACUCAUCUCUUGUUUGCGAUGACGACUGUGUCAUUGAUGUUGAAAUGUGCCCAGUGUGCCAGAAAUACAAACUCGUUUAUGACUGUCCUUCAGAGGGUUGUCAAGAAAAGGGUCCUAAGCACUGCAGGGCUUGUGACUUUUGCAUUGCCAGGUGUAUCCAGUGUGGGAAAUGCAUCAAGGAUUGCAUGUAUGUUGAGACAUUUUGUCUCGAAUAUCUAUGUUCAGGUUGUUGGAAGGAAGCACUCGCAGAACAUAGAAGCAAUGAAGAGAAGUGAAUUUGCUUUAAUAUAGUGUUAGUUGUUCAUUCAAUUUGUUCCUUAAUAAGAAUUUCAAAACCAGGUGUGAUUUUAUUCUUUAUCUGUAUUGGGUUUGGAGGCUUUGUACGUUUAUACCUUUUGGUGGAUCAGUAUUUGAUCUUAGUCAGUCUGGAAUUGGAGCAAUAUAUGGAAGAAAAAAUGAACCAUUAAUAAAGAGAUGAACUUGAAAAAAGGAAAAGGAAGUUGUUGACAUUA